AUGUCGAACGGGCUUGAAAGAAUAAGAGUUGGAACCGCCAACAUCGUGGCCCUGAACAGCUACGACUCUAUCAAAAAUGGUCUGUCCAACAGCGCCAUACAGGGUCGCUCUCGCAGCGUGUUCCUUGACCAAUCCAAGUCGCCAGGCAUUGCAACUCUCAACGGAAAAGUGUGGCUAGAGAACCGUCAAAUGUGUUUGAAGCUGCUUCGAGAACUUGGAAUGGGAAAAGCGUGCCUCGACGAAAAGAUUAGGGACGAGGUACGGUGUCUCCUGAGUCAAAUUUCGGAGCUGAAAGGAGAGCCUGUCUUUAUCAGCAAGUACACCACACCCAGCAUAUCGAACAACAUCACGGGCCUCCUGUUCGGGAGAAGGUACGACUUCGACGACCCGCGGCGCGUCUACCUGGACGAGAACAUGGACGGCGCCGGAAAGGCCCUUUCGUCCGGAUCACUCGUCAUGUUCCUCCCCACCUGGGUGUACACCAUCGGGGCCCACCUGCCCCUCACAAGGAUCUACGCUAUAAAGCGCUGUUUUGCGAACAUCGUGAACUUCACCAGGUCCAUCAUUUUCAAUGCCAGAAAACAACUUUCAGAUUCUGACGAACACGCGUCUGUGGCCAAGCUAAAACAAAACAACAAGAAAACACUCUUAGAGGUCAGACGUCGUCAGGACAGGGAACGCACCAAAGAAUAUCGACUGUCACUGGACGAAACUUACGACCAAAGUUUCAUCAAAAGCUACCUAGAAAAGACGACUGAUCACCAAAAGCGUCCGUCGCCUUACUUUAAGCCGGAGUACAUUCCGGGCCACGUGCAGACUUUCUUCGGUGCCGGCACCAACACCAUCAACCGCAUGGUCCUCUGGCACCUCCUCAACUGCGCCGACAAGCCGGACUCGGUCCAGAAGCGGAUCCAGGCCGAGAUCGACGAAGUGAUCGGCCAGGAGCGCCAGCCGACGUGGGAGGACCGCCAUCGAAUGCCCUUCACCGCGGCCUGCGUCUGGGAGAUGCACCGCUGGAAGCCCGUUUCGCCCUUAGGAAUACCCAGAGGGGCUGAGGAGGACACAGAGAUCGACGGCUACUUCAUUCCCAAGGGCACCGUUGUGAUAGGCAACAUCUGGGCCGUCCACAUGGACCGGAACCUGUGGAAGAAACCCGAAGAGUUCGACCCGACGAGAUUCCUCGACCAGACGGGCACCAAGAUUUUACCCAAGCCCGACUACCUCAUCGCUUUUUCCGUUGGCAAGAGAAUGUGCCCUUCGGAAGCACUGUCAUCGUCGCAAAUCUUCGUCUACGUGACCAGCAUCCUUCAGAAGUUCAGCGUGCACCCCGAAGACGACACUACCCAAAUCAACCUGAUCACCGAUUGCGUCACGUUCAACACACCGAAGCCCCAGAAGUUACGCUUCAUCCGUCGAUGACUUGCGAAUGACAACGGAGGCGCCGUCAGCUCCUUUCAUCCGUGUCUGUCUGCUUCUUGCCGAAAAAAACUUCGCAUCGUGUGUUUGAAAUUACUUAAGAGCGUGCACAGGGUUUCUCCGUCGGCAUACUUCGGACGCAAACCCGCGUAUGCGACUCG